AGUCUUAAGAUCAUCAGGAACUACACCUUGGAUAAGAGACAAGUUGACAAUGUGGGUUAUAAGACCUGCAAUAAUAGGUGACCCAUCCUAUUUUAGCGACAAUUUACAGCAAUUAAGUAGAAAAGGAAGACCACUUAUGUAACCGAUAAUUAUUAAAACUGUUUGAGAUUGCAUUGAUUACGUGUUGGAUAUGUUUAUCUAAAUUAUUUAAAAUAAGUUAACUCUGACAUAUGUUACAGGUUUUGAAUUGUAAGCAUUGUAAUAAUAAGUCUAAAAUUAUGAUGAAAUGUUAGACAAUAGGCAUCUAUUGUUUUGUUUGCUAAUUUGAUCAUUAUCUAUAAAAUAAACGAGUACCUAUCUAUUGAAUAUAAAAUAAACAAUUUUAAUCGUUCAUUUGUUAUUAAUUCUUUUUAAUUUUUUUCAGUCAUUUACACUACGUUUUGUUUAUUUUAAUGUUACCUUGUUUUCGGACAUUUGUUGAAUUCACGCUUAACCAAACAAGUAAGUCAUAGACAAUUUACUUUAUUUUUUAUGUAUAAAUUAAUUUUUUAGUGCUUAAACGUUAAAAGCAUCAUUUUGUUGAAUAAGCUCUUUAAUGUUAUGAAUAAUAUUAAUUAAAUAUGUUUUUUUCUUUAUGUUCUCGGAUUUAAAACAAUAUGAUAUGUAGAAGUGUAAUGAUCUGGAACUUGGAUUUCAUGAGUUGCGGAAGCAGUACAGAUAUUAGAUCAUCGGGAUACCCCUAUAAUAAACAUUUCAACAUAUACCUUGUCGAAUUCAAACACUACAUUUAAUAAAGGCAUACUGCAAGCAAAGUCGUUUCGGAUCACAUUUUUAGUAGUUUACAGAUUGUUUUCUGCUGAGUAGUAUCUAAGCAUAUGUUACAUGCAUUGGAUCUAGAUACACAUGCAUAUAAGCCAAGUUAUCAAUAUGGAUGAAAUUUGCAGUGUAGUUAUACAGACUAGUUGAAUUAUUGAACUGCUGAUUUGUUAAAGAUCAUAAUUGAACAGCAUUUCAAACAUCUGUGUUCAAUGGUUCACGUGUGGAAACAAUGACUGGAACAAUAUCACCAGUGUUUCUUAUAUUGCUUUGCCAGUUUGGAUUAUCGAUGCAGGCAUGUCAAGAGUGCGCGUGUUGUAAGGAUACCUUAUUUGCAUGCACCUCAAAUAAGAUGUGUUUAAAAGGGUGCAUAGACGGUUAUUACACGGAGAAAUGCACAAAACAAUGUCUGAGCAACUGUAAAACCUGCGUUAACGGUAAUGAAUGUAAAGAAUGUAAACCUGGUUAUUACAGUAACAAAUGUAAUACACAAUGUGGAAAAGGUUGUCUUAACAGUGCGUGUUCGAUAUUAUCAGGUGAAUGUACUUGUAAAUCGUCAUAUUUUACAAAAGGUAAAUGUGAUGCUUGUUUAGGUUUAAGGUAUGGUGAUGAAUGUAACAACACUUGUCCUAUUAACUGUGGGUCCUGUUUAUCAGAAACAGGAUGUUCAUGGUGUAAAAACAAUGCUCAUUAUGGAUCAUAUUGUCAAUAUAGAUGUUCGGUUGGUUGUGUCGAUGAAAUAUGUAAUAAAGGAACUGGGUACUGUGAUAAAGGAUGCAAACCUGGUUUUGUCGGGUAUAAAUGUGACAUGUGCUUAUCUGGUUUAUACGGACCCUAUUGUGAUUUAAAGUGCACAGAAAACUGUAAAGAAUGUCUUUCGGACACAAACUGUACAAAAUGUGAAUCAGAUUUUUAUGGGGAUACAUGUGCAAAUGCAUGCCCAGCUGGUUGUGAUAAAACCUGUUCAUUUUCCACUGGACAGCAUUGCAAAUUGACAGAAAAAUACCGUGUUUGUGAAAAAGAUACAGGGAGGUGUUUACACGGAUGUAACUUGGUUACAAAAUUUGGCGAUUUUUGUGAAAAACAAUGUGGUAAUACAUGUACCAAUAAAAGCUGCGACUUGAAAACGGGAGAAUGUUUAGAAGGAUGUGAAAUGAUUUUUUACGGAUUGUUUUGUAAUAAUUCAUGUUCUACUUCAUGUCUUUCUCAUACCGGUAAACGUUCAUGCGAUGCUAUAAAUGGUCAUUGUUUAUUUGGAUGUAAAGAUGGUUUCUAUGGCAAAAGAUGUGACAACAUUUGCAGUAGUCUAUGUGUAAAUACAACCUGCAACCAAACAACAGCGGAAUGUUUAUAUGGCUGUAUUAAUGGAUUUAAAGGACCUAAAUGUAUUGAAGCGGAUCUAGAAGGCUUUUAUACAAGAAGUACACUGAUAGGAUCUACAAUAGGGACAUUUCUAGCUGGCAGUAUUGUUGUUGGAAUUGCCGCCUUGAUUACCUUCAUUGUAUGGAGGCGGAGGAAUAUACAAACUAAACAAUUAGAGGUACACGGAUAUGAAAACACUAUAGGACCUUGUGAAAAUCGUUCUAACGACGACACACGUGAGCGUGACUCUCCUGUUACCUAUGAGGAUUUGAAAUCACGUGACGAGAGACUAUACAGUCAGAUAGCUACAAGUCAGCAGAUACCACCACCAGCAACUGAUUUUGUUAACUAUAUGUCGUAAUAAACUAGUAACUUUAAUUGGAUCAAAUUCAUAUAGACUAGACAUUUUCAUUAAAACAUUUUAUUUCACGGCGUCUCAACGCCGUGAUAUUGUGAUGGGUAGUUUUCGGUAGCAUGGGCAAAAGUCACGUGACAAAAUGCCUUUCGAUUUCUACAGCCGACAUUUUAUUGUUUUUACGCAAUCAUUGUACAGCCCAUUUCCGUGAAAAGUUACAUAGAAACAGGUUUUUUUUUUCAAAACCAUAUAGAAUCUAAACAGUAUUUUUAUCAACACACGAAAUAUCACCGUUUUAUAUUAACACAUUUCUGGACAUCCUUUCGACAUGCUUGAGAAAUUCGCCUUGAAUGGAUUAUGUAUGGUGGCUGAUUUUCGCCAUCCGUAUAUUUUCGCGUCUUCGCCUCAAAUGCGAAAAUGCGAAAACACGAAGGGACGACGACAUAUUUGGACUUAUGUGUUCUCAUGUCGGAUCUAUGUCUCUCUAGGAGUGAAUCCUUUCACGUGUAAAAUGUCUUUGAACAUUACAUUCCUAAGUUUCUUUAUUUGCAAUUAAGAACUUAAAUUGUCUUUUUUUAUAAUUUCAUUUUUCUUGCGCAAUUCUCUAAAAUGAGACUUGUUUUCUAUAUGCGUUUCACAAUAAAUAUUCACCAUACCAGGUUGUAAAAUAAUUUAAUUUGGUCCUUAAUUCAGUUUUUACAACAACAUCAAACUUCAUUCAGUAUUCUUGUCUCGUUAUUGUGAGCAAAAUUCUGAGUUUUCUUUAGAUAUGAGCAAGAAA